CAGCAGAGUUUGACAACUUCCUUUUCUUCAACCACUUUCUAUUCUUCUUGUAGCUUGAAGUGAUAUUGAAAUAAACAACAAUGGCCACUUCCAUGAGCUUUUUCUUGCUUCUUUCUUCGCUAGCCUUUGCUCCCAUGUGUUUGUGUAACUACUACCAAGAGGGUAAACUCUACCCUCAGUUUUAUGACUAUUCAUGUCCACAAGCUCAGAAUAUCGUCAAGUCCAUCCUUGCCACCUAUGUUCAACAGCAACCCCGAUUGGCAGCUUCUAUUCUCAGGCUUCAUUUCCAUGAUUGCUUUGUCAAGGGUUGUGAUGCUUCAUUGCUGCUAGAUAGCAGCGAAAGCAUCAUCAGCGAGAAGGGAUCAAAUCCAAACCGUAAUUCAGCCAGAGGAUUUGAAGUCAUUGAUGCAAUUAAAGCUGCCUUAGAGAGAGAAUGUCCUUCUACAGUUUCUUGUGCUGACAUCUUGACUCUAGCUGCAAGAGAUUCAGUUGUUCUUAGUGGUGGACCAAGCUGGGAAGUACCUUUAGGCAGAAGGGACUCUAGAGAUGCAAGCAUAAGUGGCUCCAACAACAACAUUCCAGCCCCAAACAACACAUUUCAGACCAUCCUAACAAAAUUCCAGCUUCAUGGACUUGACCUAGUUGAUCUAGUUGCUCUAUCUGGGGGCCAUACUAUAGGAAAUGCCAGAUGCACCACCUUCAGGCAAAGACUCUAUAGCCAAAUCAGUGGCAAUGGCAAACCAGAUUCCACUCUUGACCAAUACUAUGCUGCUGCAUUGCGCAAUAGGUGUCCAAGAUCUGGGGGUGACCAAAACCUGUUCUUCCUAGACUAUGCCACCCCAUAUAAAUUUGACAACACCUACUUCAAGAACCUUUUGGCUUACAAGGGUCUCUUGAGUUCUGACCAAAUCCUUCUCACAGACCAAGAAUCUGCUGAACUAGUGAAGUCCUAUGCAGAAAGUAAUGACAUUUUCUUUGAACAGUUCGCCAAGUCCAUGAUCAAGAUGGGAAACAUAUCUCCUCUGACAAAUUCAAGGGGAGAGAUCAGAGAGAACUGCCGGAAGAUCAACGCUUGAAGAAGCAAUAUCAUUGCCGCAUACUAUCAAACAUAUUGUAGUCAUUAAUAUGUGACAACAUUUAAUUUAUGUUCGUUUUGUUUUGUGGUCAGGAAAAUAAAAGUCGAAUUCAUCAUGACCCCUUUGCACUGUGUUUCCUUCCACUGGGGUUUAGUUUAGGCUUUUUGUAUCACUUUUGUGUGUCACGAAAUUUGUGUAUUCCAAUUUAUUUAUAAAGAAGGUAUUAUUUUUCGAGAAA